UCCUCUUAGCCGAUCGAACCAAGCUGUCAUAUGCAAGUUAGCCAGGAUGGCUUUUGAUCUUGGAUUUCGUACUGAAUUUAUUGAGGAAGCCAUUACAGAAGACCCCAUGGACCUACUUGCCUGUCAUCUUGUCGAAGGCUCUGAAAUUUUACGUCUCAAAAUCCCAGAAAACGAGCGGCGAAAUAUUGCUGCUAUCUUGAGAAAGUCGGGUGCCGGGACAGGCUCUGUGCCAGACGCGCCGAUAUUUACCGAUCAGGGGCGAUUGGAGUCAGAAAGACGCUGUGGUCGUCCAUUUGAAAGAGACUACGAGGCCGAAAAAACUUCUCUAUAUUUACCUCCGCUUAUGGCACAAAUGAGAAAGCAUCACGCGAUCAGCGAUGGCGAGAAUAUCACAUCUCUAUAUGUUAAACUUGAUUUCUUGAAGACGUUUUUCGACGGCCUUGAUAUAAACGUCAAAUUCCUAGAUCAAACGGAGAACAUGCAGGUAGAUUCAGGUGAUCUCACCGAACUGCAGAACGACCUUGAAGCCCGAUUUGCCACGUCCCUACGUGAAGAGCAAAGUAAAUGCCUUGCGCUGACUCAGAAAAUCCAAGAUAUGGAGCAAGCACACCAUAAUAAAUUGCAGAAUGAGAAAUUAGAGAAGGCAGCUUUGAACAGUGACAUCGAGAUUUUGCAGCAACAGUCUGCAGCGCAAGCUUCGACUUAG